AUGGCUACCACCUUUCAUCACUUCCCGCGUCUCCCCUCUGAGCUCCGCACUCGGAUUUGGAACCUAGCAGCUCGUCCGCGUCUCGUCCACAUCAGCAUAACACCGACGGUUAUGAAGCCAUGGAAGCGUACUGGGGACUAUGACUUUGCUUCGCCAACGUCGCCCCCUGCUCUCAUGCAUGUGUGUCAGGAGUCCCGUCAAUGUGCUCCAUAUCAGAAAGCAUUCUUCACAACCUUGCCUGAUGAAUCCGAAGCCCGGUAUAUCUGGGUCAACUUUGAACAAGACAUGAUCUGCGUGGAGGAUGAUAACUUGGACCGACUUUCGCCACACGACGCUGAGAUUCGGCGGCUUAGGUUCACGAUACCGACUGGGGACCGCGGGGAUUUAGUGUUUGAGGUCUUUGGCCGCUCCAGCAAUGUCAUUCUGGAGAGCUUUACGUCGCUGCGGGAGCUGCAGCUGGCUAUAGCAGAAUCUUUUUUGGCUUGGGGGUCAACGUGGACUGGCCCUGGAUACGGAGAGUGUCCCCGGGAAAAUGUCAGGUUCCUUGACCUCAAUACGGGGCUCUUGUUGACUGGUCCUCAGCUGGAGAUGGCAUAUGAUUGGUCUUGGCAGCAAGGGGGAAGAGUAUUGGAUAUGGACAGCUUUGACGAUGACCACCAUUUUAUGCUUCGCAACUACACUGGUUUAGAUUUAUCUGAGCUUGCAGAUAUAGAUUGA